GUUCUGAGGAGAGGGACAGCAACCGCAAAGAAACGCAGGAACAAGUCAGUUGGAUAGAGAGAAGAAAGAAAAUAAUACAGAAAUCCUUUAAACAAUGAAACCGACCGAAUAAGCCACUACAGUCAACUAGUAUUGAAUUCGUUUUAAACAUUUAAUUCAAUGACAUUUUUUUUUUUUUAAUACAAGCAAGGUUAGCGGUUCGCGAGAGAGAGCUGUGUCAUUGAGCAGGCAGGACACGUCAGGAGACGAGAGAAAAGCUGGUUAGCCAUAACUAGCUACUAUAUGAGCGAAAGCCAUAAAAGUACCCUAUCGCUUGUCAUAAACUUGAUUUUCACAAUUUUAUCAGACACAUCGAGAUUGCCGAUUGACUACAGGACGGAUCGAGUCAUCGCCUGGAUCAAGGGUAACGUUAGCGACCAAAAGGACGUAAAGAUCACGGGAUAGCACAUAUUGUGUGGGGGAAAACAAAUGGGGGAUUACGGGUUUGGAGUCUUAGUGCAAAACAACACUGGCAACAAGUCUGCAUUCCCAGUUAGAAUUCACCCACACCUGCACCCUCCACACCAUCAUCAGAAUGCGUCUCCAAGCCCUGCUGCUUUCAUAAACAAUACCACAUCUGGUAAUGGCAGUAGCAGUGGGUCGCCUUGGCUUUUUUCAGCCACAGCUGCCCACAGCAGCAUGCAAGAUGAAAUUCUUGCGUCUGAAAAACCCAAAGCCCAGCAACAGGAAAUGCAAGAAACGCAAGAAAAGCAGCAACUGUCCCCUGGCCACCAGGAGUCUGUAAUCAUAUCUGAGUUAGAGAAGGCGAGGUCCGAGGAGAACAAGGUGGAGGGCAGCCCCUCAGAGGGCAGCAAUGGAAAGGAGAAGCUGCGCCUCGAGUCCCCAGUACUGACAGGCUUCGACUACCAAGAGACAUCGGGUCUUGGGGCUCCAGCCCAGUCCAGUACCUCCUCGUCCCUGACCGGCUUCAACAACUGGUCAGCGGCUAUUUCCCAGACACCCUCCACCAUCAUCAACGAGGAUGUCAGCUUCUUCAACCCAGCUGCAUCUGCUAACAAUGGGGCCCUCCUGUUCCAGAAUUUCUCCCACCACACCAGCCCAGGCUUUGGGGGAAACUUCUCCCCCCAGAUUGGACCCAUCUCCCAGCACCAUCCCCCACAUCCACACUUUCAGCACCCACACAACCAACACCAACAGCACCGCAGGUCCCCGGCUAGCCCCCACCCUCCUCCCUUCCCCCAUAGGAAUGCUGCGUUCAGCCAGUUGCCGCAUUUGUCCAAUAAUCUGAAUAAACCCCCGUCACCUUGGGGUAGCUACCAAAGCCCUUCUCCUUCUCCCUCUUCUACCUCCUGGAGUCCCGGCGGGGGCUAUGGUGGCUGGGGAGGCUCCCAGGGGCGUGAGUACCGUCGGGGCCUCAACGGAGGCAUGACCCCACUGAACUCCAUCUCCCCACUGAAGAAAACAUUCCCCAACAACCACGUGCCGUCGCAGAAGUACUCCCGCACCAGCCCUGGGUUCAACCCCAAAUCCUGGAUGGACGAGAGUGUGAGCAGGAGUGACAACAUCUUCCCCUUCCAGGAGCGCACCAGAUCCUUUGAUGGCUUCAACAUGCAUUCCCUGGAGAACUCUCUCAUUGACAUCAUGAGGGCCGAGCAAGAUACCCUGAAAGGUCGCCUAGGAUUCACCCAUCCAGGGGGAGAAAGUCCUCUGCCCAUAAAUGCGAGGAAUUAUGGGAGGAGACGAGGUCACUCUUCCCUGUUCCCCAUGGAGGAUGGUUUCCCUGACGACGAGCGUGGUGAGCAGAGCCUGCCUGGCCUUGGCUCUCCCCACUGUUUCCCCCACCAGAAUGGGGAGCGUGUUGAGCGUUACUCCCGCAAGGUCUUUGUCGGUGGCCUCCCGCCAGAUAUUGAUGAAGAUGAAAUAACUGCAAGUUUCCGUCGCUUUGGACACCUCUUUGUGGACUGGCCUCACAAGGCAGAGAGCAAAUCUUACUUCCCCCCGAAAGGUUAUGCCUUCCUGCUGUUCCAGGAUGAGAGCUCUGUGCAGGCCCUGAUUGAAGCCUGUAUUGAAGAGGACGGCAAGCUCUACCUGUGUGUGUCUAGCCCCACCAUCAAAGACAAGCCGGUCCAGAUCCGUCCCUGGAACCUGAACGACAGUGACUUUGUGAUGGACGGCUCCCAGCCUCUGGACCCCAGGAAGACCAUCUUUGUGGGUGGGGUGCCACGCCCUCUCCGUGCAGUGGAGCUGGCUAUGAUCAUGGACAGGCUGUAUGGAGGCGUGUGCUAUGCAGGCAUCGACACAGACCCGGAGCUCAAGUACCCCAAGGGAGCAGGGCGGGUCGCCUUCUCCAAUCAGCAGAGCUACAUCGCUGCUAUCAGCGCUCGUUUUGUCCAGCUGCAGCAUGGAGAAAUCGAUAAACGGGUGGAAGUGAAGCCAUACGUCUUGGACGACCAGUUGUGUGAUGAGUGUCAGGGAACUCGGUGCGGGGGCAAGUUUGCCCCUUUCUUCUGCGCCAACGUCACCUGUCUCCAGUAUUACUGUGAAUACUGCUGGGCGGCCAUCCACUCACGCGCUGGUCGGGAGUUCCACAAGCCACUGGUCAAGGAGGGAGGGGACCGGCCUAGGCACAUCUCCUUCCGCUGGAACUGAGAGGCAGAGGGGGGAGUAGGAGUCGCAAAAUCAUUGUACAAAUAAAUGCACUUUUCUGUUGCUGGUUCCUUUUUAACUCUAAUUUGGGAGAAAAAAAGUUUAUUUUAAAUUAAUAUUUUUUUUUAAAGAUGAGGAGAUAUGUCAAGAAAGGAAAAGAAAAUGUGUAUCCCAUGUGAAAUCCCAUUCUCUUGACUUUCUCCAGUUGCUUUUAUCUUUUAUUAGAGCAGAAUUUGAAAAGAUUAGGCUUUCAAUUGUCACCUUACUAUCCAAUUGGCGUGUCAUUGACCAUUAACUUCAAAGCAGUAUGUUCAGUUCAAAUGUUCAUCCAAUAAGCUACAGAGCAGAUGUUCAUCCAAUAGGCUCCAGAGCAGAUGUUAAUAGCAAAGGUGUUGCUAAAGAAGAGUGCACUUAUUUCUUUAUUUUAGAGUGCAGAAUAUAAAGUCUCAGUAGUUAACCAAAGCUUAAUCUCAAUUGGUUUGAAAAAGAAACAAGUACAGAAACGUGGAUUAUUUCCCAGAUCAGAUGUUUGAA